AUGUUUCAUCAGACUAUAUCGUAUGUAAGAGGCUGUAAUAAUCCUCACUGUCCAGCACACUCUCGAUUAGCGCAAAUCAUUAACCUGGAACUUCAAUAUACGGAUAAAAAACAUGAUAUAGAAUUAAAAGCAAAUGUUGAAAGUCCACUGGUAAUUACCAUUCGGGAUGUUACACAAGAUCUUUUAAAUUUUCUUUACCUCGACGACAUUCCUCUUGAAGAGGUUCGUCUUGUUCGAUUUAGGCGCAACAAUGAUUGUUAUCCAUUGGACAUAAAGAACACAUCGAAGACACUACGAGAGUUAUCUGUGACCGAUGGUUGUAUACUUUAUUUCGAACCAAUACCUAAUGCAGCUCCACCAAAGCCAUGCCAAUUGACAAUAAAUGCACCAGAUGAAAAAGAAAAAAUUACAUUUGAAUGGUAUCGAGCAAAAACAACACUGAGCAUGCUUCUUGAAUAUGUUAUCGAAAAAUUUUCAUUGCAAUCAGUUGAACGCCAACGAAUUCAUCUUUUAACAAUUUGCGAUGAACUCAACUUACUCUCUUCUUCUGACAACAGAUUAAGUGAAUUAGGUGUUAGCGACCGCAUGGCGAUUUUUGUUCAGAUCAUUCCAUCACUUUCAUCGACAGUUACAAAUGAAAAUAAAGAUGUUCAUGUUGAAUGCACUGAUGAUGAUAAGAAAUUUGUCAUACACGCACCGACUACUGCAACAAUUGGUGAAUUAAAAAUUAAAAUUCAGAAACGAUAUGAAGAUUAUCAUAUUAAUAACUUUCAAUUGUUUAAUCACAUAAAGGAUGAGAUCUAUACGAAUGAUACUAAUCAAAAUUUAAAAUCGUUCGGUAUUAAACCUGGUCAAACCAUUUUUGCUACUAUUCAUAUGACUGCUCAAAAUAUCCAACCAGCUAUUGUAAAUAAUGAAAACAAAACCUCCAAACAGUUAUCUUCAUCAUCAGCUACGACAAAAAAUAAUGAUAAGAUCAUGGUCAUUUGUACAUUUCCAUCGGGAAAUUCUGAAACGAUACAAUCAUCAGUUAAAGACACCAUUGAUGAGUUAAUUAAAAAAAUAGAUAAUUUGACACAUCGUAAACGAUUAGUUUUAUCUGAAAUAUCUUCAAGUACAAUUUCCUGUAAGAUCAAACAAGGAAAUGACACAUCUCGACGUUUAGCUGAUAUAGGUUUCAAACCAGAUGAAACUAUAUAUGCCACCAUAAUAGAUAAGCCUCCUACACAUUCAUCAAUUGUAAGCACAGAAACUUCUUCAUUAUCCGAUCAAGAUAAACAACCGAAAACUAAUAGCAUCAACAAAAAACCUAUUGGUUUGAAUAAUCUUGGAAAUUCAUGUUAUAUGAGCAGUGCACUGCAGUGUCUCGCUCAUAUACCACCAUUAACUAAUUUCUUUUUGGAAGGUCUUCGUCAUAGUCACAUGAACGACGGUGAACAUACAGACAAUGAUUGGAAUCCAUAUGAUCAAGUAGGCGAUGUAACGGGAGCGUAUGCCGAGUUACUUUGGAAUUUAUGGAGAUUUAAUGAUAGUGAUGAUAGUUACGAUUCAUUUAAACCUACUCGCAUUAAAGAAAUAAUUGGUAAAAAGGAAUUACAUUUUGCUACAACUGAUCAACAAGAUGCUCAAGAAUUUAUGACUUUCUUUCUCGAUGCUAUACACAAAGAAUUAAAAGAACAAAAUAAAAAAGAUAAAAAUACCAUAGUAAAACAACUCUUUUUUGGAGAAAUGAAAUCAAUUAUCACAUGUACAAGAUGUAAUAAAGAAGAAUCAAUCAAAAAUCCUAUUAGUUUUUUGUCAAUACCACUCAGUCGACAAGAACGGGUUUUUUGGAUUAAUUAUAUUCCAAAAACGGGUAAGGAUGAAAUUGGUAUGGUGUAUGUGCCUAUCAGUGGUCAAGUUGGACAUGUUGUAGAAAUAUUCGUUAAGCGUUGUGAACGACCUGAGCUUUUCUACUAUAUACUUGCUAUGUUACCUGAUGGUGAACUCGACUUUAAAACACCAGUUAGUCAUAUACCUCAUGAUGAAAUCAUAUUAAUGGAGCGAGACGAACGUUUAGAUAAUAUCCUACCUGAACGUUUGGAAAUAUCCACGAAAAUGUUGACCCUUGAAGAUUGUCUUCAACAGUUUCUCUCACCGGAAAAACUCGAAGAUGAAUGGGCGUGUCGACAAGAAAAAUGUAAAAAAAAGACGACAGCUAUUAAACGACUUGAACUUUGCACGCUUCCGCCUGUAUUAGUUAUUCAAUUCAAACGAUUUUCGCAUGAAAAUGGUUUACAUCAAAAAAUCGAAACUUUUGUUGAUUAUCCAAUAGAAGGACUUGAUUUAAGUGAGUUCUUACCAUCUUCCGAGAACGAAACUAUUUAUGAUUUAAUCACAACUUGUAAUCAUAUGGGAACGAUUUCUGGAGGUCAUUAUACAGCGUAUGCUAAACAUCCCUUAUUGAAUAGAAAUGAUUGGUACAAAUUCGAUGAUUCGAGUGUCACACGUGUAAGAUUUAAUGAUUUGGAAAAUGAAAUUGUGUCGCGAGAUGCCUAUCUUCUAGUUUACAUUAGAAGAGAUAUUUUAAAUACAGUAACAACAGUAUAA